AUGGCUCCAACAACACCUCGAAACCAAUCCCCGUCACAACGUCCGCUCCCCGGAUCUCCAACUUAUUCAUAUGCUUCUACGCUUCCGCUUGCGUCCACAUUUUCCCUUGCGCUUCCUCCUCCGCCAGCCCCCCACCCUCCACACGCUGUCCUCACGAAAGCUGAUCUUGAACUCUCCCAAAUCGCCUAUUCGGAACUCAUUAGCACCGCCAAAAGUUACCGACUAGCACUCGCAGAGCUAAGCUCAUCUGCAUCCGCUUUUGGCAGCGCCUUAGAAGCAUGUGCACGAUUAAAAGAAGCACGAUCCGAAGGCUUGGCUCCACCUGGUGGCAGUCUUAGCAAUAGUUUUACGGCGAAAGGAAAUUGUACUGGAGAUAAUUUGAUGUCUGCUAGUGGAGUACACCAGUUGAUAGCGAACCAUCAGCAAAUACUUUCAGAAUGUGUGUACAGAUCAUUUGAGGUGCCUUUACUGCAUGAAUUAGACAAUUGGGGUCGGCAUAUAGAGGAAGAGGAGGUGUCAUAUCGGAAGGAAGUCAAGAUUAAGAGCAAAGAAAUUCAGAAGAUGGAGAAGGAGGGAAUGAGACUACACAAGCAGAGAAAAAGAGACGUGCGAGGAUUCAGGGGGCAUUUGGUGGAGUUAACUACAAGACUCGACGGCCUUACAACACUCCACGGUGAACAUUCGAGAGCCUUGUUGAGAGACUGUCAAGAUGUCAGCACCAAGGUUGUCGAAGCUAGUUCCUCUCUCGUUCGCGCAGAAGUGGAAAUUUUUGAAGCCCUCGCACGAAAAGGUUGGACGGGAGGUGGCCUCGAGGAUUUACUCGAACAUGGACAAGAUCUCUUCUCCUCGGAACCUCCCAUUGCAAACACAGAUUCCAGUGGUAGCCCAUCCAAGAUUUUUAGUAUUCUUCCACAAAAAUCUAUCCUUGUGGAUGCCACACAUCCCGCUCCCGAUACACCGCACAAAAAGAUACAUCACAAACGGAGCGACAGUCUUCUUGUUGACAACAACCAUUAUCAUUCUCUAGCUGCAGUCGCGGAACGUGAUAUAGAUGGGGGAUCAGUAUUUUCUGAGCGAGAUACGAGGAUUCCGAAUCGUUCCAGAGCUAUCAUUUUAUGUUUUGGUUUGUUUUGUUUUCAUCUCUUUCCAGUCAAGCGUAUACAAGGUGUUUGGGGUAUUUACUUUGGGUUCUGGGUUCUGGGUUUCGGCUUCUGGGAUGGAGUUAUACAAAAUUAUGUGAUAGCUGAGUAG